AUGACGCUUUUCCCAAUGAACGCGUCGUCGGCGGAUUUCCGACUGAAAAAGCCAGACACUCUAGACUCAAGUCUGCCACACUCUUUUAACAUUCUUGCCGUGUCUUCCACGAUCAUACCGCAACAGCCACGACUCGCCUCUCACUUGGUUCACCCCGGCAAGAGAACGCAAUGCUGCUGCGUCGCACGCUCGGCACGCGAGCCUGAGUACCCCGAGAUGUACGGGAUUUGCUCCUACCCUCGAUCAACCCGGUCCAACCAGGGUCCUCCGAUGUUGAGACCUAUCCCCUUCAGUACCUCGGGCGUCAAUAUCAAAUACGCCAGCAAGCGAGCGCUGGGACGACGUUCCUUCCGGGCACAGCCUGACAUCAUGCUGCCCCCUUAUUCGUGA